CCUAAUACUAGGUAGUUACCUAGAAUAGUAUUAGAUUCAAUCGGAAUACCAACAAUGGCACAUGUGCCCAAGUGGCUUGUGAUGGUACUGUAAUCAGAUUUAAAGGGGCAAAGGGGUGGGCACUUAGAAAAUCAUGCCCGAAGAAGCUGCUCUGCGCCACCAAUACAACAAGUCAUCAUGUGUGCUGUUCGAGAGUCCAGAUAAAUCCAUCGUCUUGAUAGACAUUCCGCGCUCUAUCGAGGAAGCUCAAGUGUCACGUGGGCAGCCCAUUGAGAGACAUAUCAUCUCAUGCACCCCAGUGCCAACACCAUGGGCGAUCCCGGAGCCCAAGAACACGGACACGGGCCAACUAACAUCACCUUCGGCGGCUAUAGCCGAGCUGAUGACCCUAGAAACCGUAAAGGCCGCACAUCGAGAGGCCAAACAGAAUUAUGAAGGGCCCUGGUGUCUACCACGUAUAUCGCGAGAAUACGACAAAGUCAGCAGCGAUGAGUCGCAUCCGCAUCUCACAGCCACGCUGAAGAGGAAGAAAGCCCCUCAAAAAUCCGAAACCACCGAAGAAAUAGUUUCGGAACCGUUCAUACCAGCCCAAUCGCACUAUCUCCAAGGAACUAUACAAGCUCAACGCGCGGCUUUUCUAGCAAAUGCGCCCACGUUUGACCUAAUAGUCCUAGAUCCACCAUGGCCCAGCCGCUCCGUGAAGCGGAAGAAGAACAGCUACGCAACCGUCUACACCAUGCACGGGGCCCGAGAUCUCCUGGCCCAGAUACCCAUUGCCUCGCACCUGAAGCCGGACGGUCUGGUGACGAUUUGGGUUACUAACCGGGCGGCCAUAACCGAUCUCCUCACCUCGCCCGGGGGCGUCUUCUCCGAAUGGGGCGUUGAGCUUAUCGGAGAAAUCGUCUGGUUGAAGAUCACCAAUUUCGGUGACCCAGUCUUCGACAUAGAAUCGCGGUUUAGGAAGCCAUACGAGCGGCUGCUGAUUGCUAGGCGAAGAGGCAGCACAGCUAAGGUGUCGAUCCCGACUAAGGUGAUCAUGGGGGUUCCAGAUGUCCACUCCAGGAAACCGAAUCUAAAGCCUUUGUUUGAAGGCGUGCUGCCGCAAAACUACAGCGGACUGGAGGUGUUUGCGAGGAAUCUGACUGCAGGCUGGUGGAGCUGGGGGAAUGAAGUUCUCUAUUUCCAGCAGAAGCAUCAUUGGGUGGACGCGUUAGAUAAUAUAGAGGAGGGCAUAUAGCAUCGUAUAAGUGAU